CGCGCCGGUCGCACGUUCCGCGACUAUUCCAAAUUCGAACUCGGUUUUCGAACAUUCCAUUUUUAUUGUUUUCAAUUUUACUUUUUUGUGUUAUCAGUGUUAGAUUUUUCUAACGUUGUCAAUUUUUUUUUGCAAUGCGUUAAGUUUUUUUUUGACUUCGGGAAAAUGGAAGUUAGUGCGCUGCCACCGAUGCCCCUGGACUUUUCCAUGGUGAGGAGUGGAAGUGGAUCUCCAGGAAACGGACUUCGAGAAGACUCUCCUAGACCAGUUACCAACAGCGCAUUUAGGGUAGUUACGCCAAAAGGUGUAUCAGCUAGUGAAGCCUUGCGGAGCGGGCUCUGCCAGUCGCUGUGGGGCGCUUCCGCCAGUCGCGCAGAGCCUCUACUGGCUUCGCCACCUCCUCAAAACCAUGACUCCUAUCUUGUCAGGGAAGAAAUCAAAUUUGGCAUCAAUCGCUUAGUCGGCGAAAAGCCAGAUGAAGAAGAAGAGGAACAUCACAACAACAAUGAACAAAUCAGGCCUGAAGGUAUAUCGCCAGCUUCCCGCUGUGGAAGCCCAUCCUGGGUUCCAUCUCCGCAAUCGCCAAGAUCAGUUCGCUCUAGUUCCCCUGAAUUAGAAGUGGAUUCUCCUCCAUCUUCACCCAGAAGGCCACCAGAUUCUUCGCCACCACCAAAGAGAUCGGAAGCCUUCUCUGUAAGCGCGUUGCUAAGACCUGAUGCACCAAGAGUUCAACCUCAAAGGCCAUUUCUCUAUCCUCCAUUGCCAUUCGCGGAGUUUCUUCGAGAUGCUAGAAGUCUUGGCUUACCUGGUUGGGGAGGCUACAGCAAUCUUUACCUCCACGCUGUGCAAGCAGCUGGACCCGAACUGCUACGACUUGGAGCAGCAGUUCUUGGAGCUCCAGGACCAUUGUCAAGGCCUCUACCGAUAGGAGAUGUGUAUUCUUGUGUCAAGUGUGAGAAGAUGUUCAGUACUCCUCACGGUUUGGAAGUACAUGCUAGAAGAUCCCAUAAUGGGAAGAGACCCUUUGCUUGUGAGCUGUGUAGUAAGACUUUUGGUCAUGAAAUCAGUUUGAGUCAACAUAGGGCCGUUCACAGCGUGGAGAAGAUCUUUGAAUGCAAACAAUGUGGCAAAACCUUCAAGCGUUCCAGUACUUUGUCCACACACCUCUUGAUUCAUUCAGACACCAGGCCCUACCCUUGCCAAUACUGUGGCAAACGGUUUCACCAAAAGUCUGAUAUGAAAAAGCACACUUACAUACAUACUGGAGAGAAGCCGCACAAAUGCCAAGUUUGUGGGAAGGCGUUCAGCCAGAGCUCGAAUCUGAUAACUCAUUCGCGUAAACACACCGGCUUCAAACCCUUCGCAUGUGACCUUUGCGGACGGUCCUUCCAACGCAAGGUGGACCUGCGAAGGCAUAGGGAGACCCAACAUGCGGACUUGCGGCCCCCGCAACCGCAUAUGCAGCCUCCGCAUACUGACGUGCAUGCCAUGCAUGCGAGUGAGAUGCAUGCUGUGCCAGAACAUCGGAUAGAUCUCCGUGGCUCACAAGGCCUGCGACCUCAGCUGGAAUAUAGGCCCCACAUGCCCAGCGGGGUGCCCCCUCUACAGCCUUUGCCCUCCUGAACCUCAACCGCCUUUGCGCCCCCCACUUGGCGUUAAGGCUUUUGACUUUAUGUAAAUUGAGGUAUAUUAAUAUCCUUUCAAUAUAAAAUGUUCAUUGAUCGGACUUUGAACCUUAUUUCUUUUAAAUACUCAAAUUUAAAACAAAAUUAAAUUGUACAACAUUGCAGUCAACAAAUUUUAAUUCCAUUUAAAGCAUUUUAGUUCUUUAAGUUUAUUACAAACGUGAGUCCGUUGCGUCGUUUUUCAAAUACCUAAAAGGUUUAUUAUCCUUUGUCGUAUCUAUUGAUAUCUUUGUUAGGUGUUGAUUAUAGAUGUAUGAAUCACAGAAGGAUUUGUUACUAAUUGUUAGUUUCCUUACAACUUAUACAUCUACGAUUACGUGUAAAUGAUUUUUAAAAUAUUUUAAAUUACAUUUGAAAAAAAGUAUAUUAGUGGUCGUAUUAUCUAGAAAUACC